ACAAGUGAAAGUGAAGAAAUUUGUAUACAUAUAUUUUUCAAUUUUCUUUUCACGUAUUUUGCCUAUUAAAUGAUGCGAAUAUGAACGGCUUGAUUGUGUUCAACAGUGGCAACGAUGUUGUCUAUCAGAAACUGAACGCACCACUAACGCAGAAGAUCUCCGAUGUGGCCGUCGCCCAAGGACUGCUGGAAUCCGCCCCCGCCCCCGAUUCCAGCAGUCCGAUGGACAGCAACGUCUUGGUGCAGAUCUUCAGCCCCAUUAUCAGCUCGCAGAAGAUAAUGCAGUGCCAGUUUGACAACGCCUACUCCAGCUUCCAGUGCGAGAAGGGAUUCAACUUGGUCUUUGGCGAACUUCUGGGAUUCACCUUCCUGAAGAUUGGACAUGUGCCGGUGGACCAGCUGACGCGGCAGAUGGGAGCGAACAUAGCCAUAUCGCGGUAUUGCUAUGGAGCGAACAUCUUCGGGGCACAGGCUGGGGCCAUGCAACAGGAGCUGCUGACGCAAUGCCUCGAGUGCUACGAAACAUUGCUGGGGCAGGAGGAUCAGACAUAUUUGAUCGAGGCCAUACCCAAGCUGGUGGUCAACAAGGAGCUGAAGCGCACCAUUCACCUGACACUGGAUUUUACGCUGGAACAGCUGCGCCAGGACGGCCUACCCCGGGCCCAUGUCCUGCUGAUGAUUUCCCACAAGCUGGUGGCCGCCAAUAGCACCAAGCACGCAGUGCCCUUGGCUGCCGCCGAUCUGCUCUUUCUGAGCAUCUUGUCGCGGGCCCUUCAGUCGUCUCAGCACUCUCCAUCGCAGAGUGUUGUGCCGGUCUUCCUGCAGGGCGCCUCCCACGACGAGAACUCUGGCUGUGUGCCCACCAUUGUGCACAUCUCUCGCCUGCACGGCAACCAGGUGCUGCUGCAGGUUAUCGAAUACGCGAACAUGCCGCUCACCAGCUGCAUCUACGACUGCUUCUUUGUGGUGCAGAAAAUCAGCAUGGUGCACCACCAGGGCGACUCGGACGCUCUGAAGCCAGCUUUUGAGAAUCUGGAGCCCUUCAUCGUGCAAACUUUGGCCGCCUUGAAGCGGCACCUGAAGCAGACGUGCGGCGACCUCGAUGACCUGGAGAGUUGCAUUAAAAAGUUUACAGCCAAGUGGGAAAAUCUUCGCAAAAUGUACAUGGAGUACUUCAAGAACUUUGAGCGAGAGCUGCUUGUCAGGAUUGAAUCGAACGUGCCCGCGUUUAUGGAGGAGCUGAAGCAGCUUUUCACUUUGGCCUCGUGCGACAGCUCCAGCGCACACCUGGACCAGCUGUACGAGUCUGCGUCGAUUGUGGAGGCCAAGCUGCUGGAAUUUGCCGAGUUCCUGGCUGUAAAGGCCACCAGGAACAUCUCCAUUGAUGCUUACUUGGAGGACUUUCCCGGCCUGGUGCACUUUAUGUACGUGAAUCGCAACAGUGGACAGAUGCUGGGCCCCGAUCUCCGCACGAAUCAGUUGGUGACGAAAACUAAGCUGUGGAACAUGGUCGAGUUUGCCCGCAGAUAUCUCAAGAAGGGCCAGACUACGGUCAUGUGGAAGGACAAGGUUUUCCACUACUCGUACUUCCUCUGGUUCGAGGAUCAGUCGGGCGGCAUUCUCAGCCCAACGCUGGACCUACAGCACCAUUUUCUGGCCACAGCUGCAUCCAGUGGCAGUGCCAUAAAAGCGCCCACCGAGCCCGGUGCCCUCUCUGUCGACUAUUACUUUGAUCUCGCCGAGCUCUGCUUCCCGAAGCUGGCGCCUGGCAAGGUGCGAGUAUACGAGUUGUUCUGCAUCCAUCUGGGACUGGUCACAACCACCUGUGCCGUAGAGCAUGCCCGACGUUUGGUCGCCACCAUCAGCGAUGUGGUGGGCGAUGAGACAUUUUAAAUAUAAAUAUAUUUCUAUAGUAUGGUUACAUGAACCAUUUCAGCGGCCAUUCCCGGCGGGGCGCAUGAAUCUAGUCAAUUUAUGGGACAUAUGCAAUAUGAAACGUGUUAAGGACAACUCUCCUGUUCCACUUUAAAGCAUAGAAAUCGUUCAAAGUGAAAA